ACUUUCUAUUAUAAGAGAAAACAAACCCCACUGCCCACAAUAACAACAAUAAUAAAGAAGAAACACUCCAAACCUCCUCAGAUUCUCUGAAAUCGGGGGCAAAGCAAGAAUUGUCGGGAAGUAGUUUCUCCUAUUGCAAAACAAUGAUACUGCUUUCUGAGAGCUGCCUAGGAGAGUGAUGGAGAAGUCCCUUUAAAUAAAAAAGCGAAAUACAGUAUUGUGCAUCUUGAAAUCUGAAACCAAGCAACAGAACUGCCGGGGAAACAAGGGGGAAAAGUCUUGCAAUUUCAGAGGACAAUCGCUGCAAGUGGAGUUUAAGGAGUCAAAUAUAUGUGUAUCUAUUUCAAGGCCAUUGAAUGGUGUUUUUGGAGAAGAGUGUGAAAAAAGGGAGCUUUGGAAGAAGAGAACCUUUCCCUCCUUUCUGGAUAUAAUGGCCAUUGUAAAGCAAAGAGCCUUGAGAUUUGGCUUCAGAUUUCUCUUCUUUGCAGCGUUUGUGUUAGCCUGCGAAGGACAAGGUGGAAAUAGAGAGAAAGGAGGUCCUGCUUGUUAUGGAGGAUUUGAUUUGUACUUCAUUUUAGACAAAUCAGGAAGCGUGAUGCAUCACUGGAACGAAAUCUAUUUCUUUGUGGAACAUCUUGCCCACAAGUUCAUAAGCCCCCAGCUGAGGAUGUCGUUCAUUGUUUUCUCAACGAGAGGCUCAACUCUAAUGAGGCUAACCGAAGACAGGGACCAGAUACGUCAAGGCCUAGAAGAGCUGCAGAAAGUCCUGCCGGGAGGCGACACGUACAUGCACGAAGGAUUUGAAAGGGCAAGCGAACAGAUUUACCAUGAAAAUGUUCAAGGCUACAGAACUGCCAGUGUCAUCAUUGCACUGACAGAUGGUGAACUUCACGAGGACCUCUUCUUUUAUGCUGAGAGAGAGGCUAAUCGAUCUCGUGACCUGGGAGCCACCGUCUACUGUGUUGGGGUGAAAGAUUUCAAUGAAACGCAGCUGGCGCGAAUCGCUGACAGCAAGGAUCAUGUCUUUCCCGUGAAUGAUGGCUUUGAAGCCCUGCAGGGGAUCAUAGAUUCUAUUUUGAAGAAAUCCUGCAUUGAGAUUCUUGCCGCAGAGCCUUCCAGUAUAUGUGCAGGAGAGACGUUCCAAGUCGUUGUGAGAGGGAACGGUUUCCGACACGCCCGGAAUGUCGAUCGAGUGCUCUGCAGCUUCCGCAUCAAUGAAACGGUUACUUUCAAUGAGAAGCCUUUUGCAGUAGAAGAUACCUAUUUGCUCUGCCCAGCACCUGUAUUACGAGAAGUUGGAAUGGAAGCAGCACUUCAGGUCAGCAUGAAUGACGGCCUCAGUUUCAUCUCGAGCUCUGUCAUCAUCUCCAGCACACACUGUUCUGAUGGGACCAUCCUGGCCAUCGCCCUGCUGAUCCUGUUCCUUCUCCUCAUGCUGGCUCUGCUCUGGUGGUUCUGGCCUCUCUGCUGCACAGUGAUUAUCAAGGAGCCCUCUCCACCCCCGGAAGAAGACAGUGAGGAAGAAGAUGACGAUGGUCUUCCUAAGAAGAAGUGGCCAACAGUUGAUGCGUCUUACUAUGGUGGCCGAGGUGUUGGCGGCAUUAAAAGGAUGGAGGUCCGCUGGGGAGAAAAAGGUUCCACAGAAGAAGGGGCCAAGCUAGAGAAAGCCAAGAAUGCCAGAGUGAAGAUGCCAGAGCAAGAAUAUGAAUUCCCAGAACCCAGGAAUCUGGGGAACAGCAUGCGCAGGUCCUCUUCUCCCCGGAGGUGGUACACGCCAAUCAAGGGCAAGCUGGAUGCUCUCUGGGUCCUGCUGCGGAAAGGCUAUGAUCGUGUGUCUGUGAUGCGCCCCCAGCCUGGAGACCAGGGCCGCUGUAUCAAUUUCACCCGAGUGAAGAAUGCGGAGGCACUGCCGAAAUACCCACUCAACAACGCAUACCCACCCUCCUCGCCGCCUCCUGCCCCGAUCUACAACCCUCCGCCCCCUGCCCCGAUCUACACCCCACCUCCCUACACCCCACCUCCUCCCCCCCCAUCCCCCUCAUCCACUCUCCCUCCACUCCCCCCACCUCCCCAGGCUCCUGCUCCCAACCGAGCCCCUCCUCCCUCCAGGCCCCCACCUCGCCCUUCUGUCUAGGGGCUCAGUCUCGUCCCUCUCUCUUCCAGAAGCAUUCGGAGGCCUCUGUCAGCAGCACUGUAACAAACCUGUCUGGGGGGAGGGUUAUAGGAGGCCUUUACAUUCUGAAAUAGGUGACAAUAGAACAAACCACUUGCUAGUCUGUUAAUCUGUCUCUGUAGAAUCCCAUAAUGCAUCAGUGUCCUCCAGCCAGCAACGAGAAAAAAGCCAGGGGCCUGCAAAAAUGAUGCCACUGCAGAAACCUAAUUCACUAAUGUGGCGUUAGCAGGGCCCUUACCCCUCCUGCCCUCUGUGGCUUACCACGGGGAUCCCGGAAGAAACUGGACAUUUCUUAGCUCUUAGAAAAUCCAGAAACCACGGGGCCGUCUUCCGCAGCGAACGGCACAGCUGAAAGCUCCCGCAGACCAUGUGGACAUCACCAUAGGCUCCUUUGCCACCACUGCGUGAGUUCUCUUCUUGUUGCAGUGCUUCAGAUUAAUGGGAAAAUGGCUUAUCUCUCCCAUGUCUGCAAACAGCAGGAUAACGUCAUGAGGAGUGUUAGACUCUUGAGUUUUAAUCUGAAAAAAAGCAGCCUUCCCAAUGGACUUUGUUUUGGAGAAGGAACGGGGCCUUCUUCGUUCAGUUCCCAGGAGGGUGCUGGAGUAGGUGUCUGGUGUAGGGAUUUGUGGAUGCUGUUACGCGGAAGGGUGGGUGGACGAGGCUGAAGUGCCAUCAGAAACACGAAUCACCUGUAAUAAUUUUUAAAAAUAACCCACCGGAGGGCUCCAGCCCCACACCUGAAGACAAAGAGUUAGUGAAAGUUCAAAGUUCAAUCAUCAGGCCAUAGGGGUCUGGAAACCACUGAGCAAAGGAAAGAAGGCUGAAAGAAGAGGCCUUACACUGCGUGUAGGCUAACUGCUCUCUGACGAGCAUGGCAGAGUAAUUCAGGGACCAUUUCCAUUUCCAAACAAAGGUUUCUGAAACAGCUGAAGUACGAACAAGUGGUUGCUUCUAUUAAUGGUUUUUCAAAAACUGCAGCCCCCCGAGGCUUCUUAAAUCCUGUUAUUGCCACCAGGUCACAUAAUAUCAGCGCUGCUUUUUCGGUUAUGGCUCACCUCCUUCUGCACUACCAGCUUCUCUGCUGGGAUUUAUUUUUCCCCUUUGCUGAAUCAGCAGCAGGCGUCUCCCGGAUACUUUGCGCAAGGGGCGCUGUGCAGCUACGUCUUCUUCUGGUCACUUUCAUUACCAGUCUCAUGCACAAAGCUGCCCUAGAUGGGAAUCAGGCUUCCAAGAAAUGCACUGGCUGCAUUUCUCCAUGUUUUCUCCUCUUGUUUUCCGGUGGGAUCUCCCCAUAGUUUACAAUACUGCCCUAUGUACACGUUUUAACCAAUAGUAAAUUUCCUGAUCACCUGCCUUUGUAAACACAGUGCUAGAAAUAGUCAGUGUUAAAAUCAAACCUCCACCUCCUUAGUUUACUUUUACAGUCAUCUGUAUUAUGCAAUGGCCCCCCUAGAAAUCAUAUUUGUAGCUAAGUUCUAUAACGAUCUAAGGGCUUUCAUAUUCAUAUCAUGUAGUUGGUUUUGACCAGAUAGAGAGAUGCAUUUGCCAAAUAGUUACCGCAGUGCUGCUGGAAAUAUGACUUCUCUGGAGGAAGAGGCUGUACAAGAAAGAGGGACAGAGCAGAUACAAAGAUAAAGACCCAGUCAAGGAACAAACUGGGAUAUCUUUCAGCAGGGACCUUUAUUAAUAGUCCCCUUCUAUCAGGCUCAGCUUCAGUCCAGUGUCUUUUGUGUCAUAUGAACAAAUUGACUUGGUGUGGGGACCACAAUGACCCAUGUAAGGGCUGCCGGCUGUAAAAGGCCAACGUGGCCACCAUCACAACUGUUUUGUCUGCAGGCAGCACAGAGCAGUCCCCGCUAUGAGCAGACAUGGCACUUUUGACAUUCCCUGAGUUGGUUGCUACUCAGCAUGUAGCAAGUAGAGGCCGGGCUCAGUUCAACAAGAUGAUUUUAGGGUUGUCCAGUGGGACUGGAAAUCUUGGGAAGUCCUGCCAAAAGUUUGGUUGGACUUCCUAUUGGGAUGAAUGCCAUCUAAUGAAAUAGCUGAAGAUGGAAAGUGUAAUAACUGGGAAUAGUGUAAUACUGUCCUGCGGGAUUGCUAGGUAGUUCUCUUAAUGGUACAGAAAAGUUUGGGAAGAAGAUUAUUGCUUAACCAAAUGACAUUAAGAUUUUUUUUACUGUAAACUAGUAAAUUAGAACAACUGCUAGCAAAAAAUAUAUGGGUUUAAUAUCCUAGGACUAAAAGCAAUGUUUGCAGAGUCCUAUAAAAAUUCUUUGCCACAAUUUAACAGG